AGGGGGUGGAGGAGACUCGCUGGAAGUGGUGCGCGGCUCGCGUUUUGACCGCAUCGACCGACACUUUAGUAUAGGCGCGAGACGCCUCGAGCAGGCCGGAGCCACGCCGACCUUCGCCGCUCGCUUACGCUCGUCGUUCGCUGCUCCCAAGCCGCGCCCCCUGCCCCAUGAGCUCGCUCGCCGCGGCGCGACCAUCGACCCAGCACGCGGCGUGCCGGCGCCGGCCCUGAGCCCCGCGCGGGACCACGCGACUCGACCCCUCACCUCGCGCCAGGCACCAUGUAUCCUAACGAGCAACAAUCGUUGUUAGUGAAAUGACAAUAAUUCCAAUAAAGCCCGGUCGGGAGCUCUCAUGAGACAGUCUUGCCAUCGUCUUCUGGAGCACCAACAGACGGGGGGAGAGGAGCCCCCUAUCUACUCACCCAUCGAUCAAAUUUCAGUGGUACCUGAUCAUGCAAGCCGGGAGGCCGGCGGCAAGCUGACCCGAUAUGCGACGCAGGAGGAGGACGAAGCGACUCUCAGGGAACUCCUACUUAGGUUUGGCUUCAGCCUGCAGCGCCAGGUGAGCGUCAUGAGCAUGAACCUGACGGCCAAGCUGGACGACCUGCAGCGAGGCGACCGCCAGCUGGAGACCACCGUGGCCCUGUGCGAGAUCCGCACCCAGCUACAGGAGCUCACCAAGAGCGUCGAGUCAUGCCAGAGCGAGGUUUCUGAGGUGAAGCGGGACAUGGUUGCCAUCAAGCAGGAGUUGGACACGGUGCAGCAGGUCAAGGAGGAGAUCGAAGAACUGAGGGAGUACGUGGACCGACUGGAGGAACACUCGCAGCGACGGAAACUGAGGCUUCUUGAACAGGGUCUAACUUUCUUCCUGUCCUACGCUAUCUUGGCUGCCGUGCUGGGCAUGUUGCAAUUCGGGUACAACACUGGUGUCAUAAACGCUCCCGGCCGGAACAUCGAGAAUUUCAUGAAGGACGUGUACAAGGAUCGCUACGGCAAGGACAUCCAGGAAGACUCUGUGAACAAGCUCUACUCCAUCGCCGUCAGCAUCUUCGCCAUCGGAGGAAUGCUGGGCGGGUUCUCGGGCGGAAUGAUCGCUAAUCGAUUCGGAAGGAAGGGUGGCCUGCUCCUCAACAACAUCCUGGGCAUCAGUGGCGCGAGUCUCAUGGGCUUCACCAAGAUAUCGCACUGUUACGAAAUGCUGUUUUUCGGUCGCUUCAUCAUCGGCGUCAACUGCGGUCUGAACACUUCGCUAGUGCCAAUGUACAUAUCCGAGAUUGCGCCGCUGAACCUGCGCGGCGGACUGGGCACGGUCAACCAGCUGGCGGUCACGGUGGGGUUGCUCCUCUCGCAAGUCUUGGGCAUCGAGCAAAUCCUCGGCACUGAUGAGGGCUGGCCGAUAUUACUAGGAUUGGCGAUAUGUCCUGCUAUUCUUCAACUGUUGCUGCUGCCAGCCUGUCCGGAGUCACCUCGGUAUCUGCUCAUCACGCGCCAAUGGGAAGAGGAAGCUCGGAGGGCAUUGCGCAGAUUACGGGCCAGCAAUCAGGUGGAGGAGGAUAUCGAGGAGAUGCGAGCGGAGGAGCGGGCGCAGCAGGCCGAGGCCUCCAUCUCCAUGCGAGAGCUGCUGUGCUCCCCCACCCUGCGAGCCCCCCUCCUCAUCGGCGUCGUCAUGCAACUGUCCCAGCAACUCAGCGGCAUCAAUGCUGUGUUCUAUUACUCUACGUCUCUCUUCACAUCUUCUGGUCUGACGGACGAGUCUGCCAAGUUCGCGACCAUGGGUAUCGGAGCCAUCAUGGUCGGCAUGACCCUGGUGUCUCUGCCCCUCAUGGACCGCACCGGCCGCAGGACCCUGCAUCUGUACGGGCUCGGGGGAAUGUUCAUAUUCUCCAUCUUCAUUACAAUCUCGUUUCUCAUAAAGGAGUUUUUCGGCUAUGUGCAGGAAAUGAUAGACUGGAUGAGUUACCUGUCGGUGGUGUCAACGCUCAGCUUCGUGGUGUUCUUUGCGGUGGGCCCGGGCUCCAUACCCUGGCUGAUAACGGCGGAACUGUUCUCUCAGGGCCCACGACCGAGCGCGAUGGCCAUCGCUGUCUUAGUUAAUUGGAUGGCCAAUUUCGUAGUCGGAAUUGGGUUCCCUAGCAUGAAGGCACUACUAGAAAACUAUACAUUCCUGCCUUUUAGUGUAUUCCUUGCAAUUUUUUGGAUAUUUACUUACAAAAAAGUUCCUGAGACGAAAAACAAGACCUUCGAGGAGAUACUGGCGCUGUUCCGUAACAACAAUGGGAGCAAUUUCGACAGGGACAGUUUCCGCGACAGCCGGCUCUACGGCAGCAUGUUGAACUGUGUGAACGCGCUCGAGCAGCAGCUGCCUCCACCGCCGCCGGCGCCGGCAGACGAGAAACACGACUCACGUGAGCAUCAUCACACCACUUGGCUAUCAGAAACCUCCCUGGAAGCACCGCCUCUCACAGUGUCGGAGAAGUCAUCAGCGGGCGGCGACGGAGGGCGGGCUCCGCCGCCGCUGCCGCCGCCCCGGUUCCCGACGGCCAACAACGUUUGACACUGGGAGACUGCCGCGCGGCCCGCGCCUCUCAUGGCGCCCAUAAAGGCGGCCGCCAACUUCCUACUCCACGGGUUCAGGCGCCAUCACCCCCGCCCGACCAUCGCUACGACUCAACAAAUGUUCUAAAUCAAUGUGAUUAGGUUAACUAACGAAAACUUAGCUAUUAAGGCACAACGUAAAGAUAAAAUAGCUCAUUAGUCAUUGACAUAAUUUAAAAACGCAUAGGUAUCUUGUAAAGUGCCAUUUGAUUCUUGUACCCAUUUUAAUUAGGUCUUCGUAAGUUUUAUUUGUAUUUUAAUGAUUGUGGAAAUUGGAUAUUGUCGGUUCCAUCUGGCGUCGUCAGGCAGUCUAGCAUUUCAGGUCGCAUGGAUACAAAUUGUUGUGUCAACUCAAAAACAAUUUUAUGGAAUUUAAUGCCCUGAAAUAGUAAAACUUUGCAUAACAUUUUUUUAAUACUACAUUAUUUUUAUUGCAAUUAUUUAAGAUCAAUCCUGUGAUUGUGCUUCAAAGGUUGUUGAUUUUUUCGAACAUGUACUUUUGCUUGUAGUUUGUCACAUGAAGCAACGUUGUGGUAAUUAAGCUUAUAGGGUACUUAUAAUUUUGUUAAUUCGGCAAUAAAUACUUACUGGAUACCUCGUAAAGAGUAAAGCUGUGAAGUUAGAUUAGUUUUUUGGUAUGAAAUAGUCAAACAAUAAUAACAAAUCAUAGCGUAUAAUAAAACGGAAUGUCGAUCUGCGAUAAUAAUGAUGACUGUGAAACGAGGUUUACAUUGUGAUACCUAGGCAUAACCAAACGUUUUACAAUCUAACCUAUACCUUGGUAUUUGUCCAGUCUUGUCUAAGAAACUAUUGCAAGUUAAAGCUUGAUGACUCCGAAUGCGCGGGCUAUAAUCGAUAAUAUAUUCUAAAUACAUAUUACGGAACGUUAUGGUUGGUGGAAAAUUUCCGCGUAACUGAGGAUGGGGUAUUUGACUGCAUCAGCAUAUUAUAUGCUUCAAUAUACAUGUUUAAAAUUUUAGGUUAUAUUGUAUAAUCAUUCCUUGAAUGAUAACCGCUGUUAAAAUAGUUACAAUUAUAUUAAAUAAAAAAUAUUAUAUAUUACGAAGUGACAAUAUUUAUGAGCAGUUAAAUGACCUAUCGGAAAGAGUUCUGAACAGUAGUCGUAGGCAGGUUAUGGUUGGCGCAUUAGGAGGCUGCAAGCGCAGAAACAAACCCAGUUGAUUCACAUUCACUCGCAUUGCUUACGCGAUGGUCGUCGCAUUUCGUCAAUGUACAUUUUGAUUUAUUGAGUAAGCGAAGUUGCUAGCUGACGCUAAUGUUAAUAUAAAAUGAGUAGGUACGAUGGCAGAACACUUGUGCUAGCAACUAAUACUGAUACGGAUAUUGAGCAUAAGACGUCACUAUAGAUAUGUAUAAAACAAAAUAUUUACAAAAUGUUACGUUGUUAGUUAAAUUGUUGAUUUUGUUAUAAGUUAAUAUUUACUUUACUGUAGCAAAUUUUUAUAAAUUAUUUUUAAAGUUUAGUAAUGAUAUUUGUUGUUUAUACAGUACAUUAUAUGAUGAUAUAAUUUUAUAAUAAUCCAGGAUAAUAAAUUUAAAUAUUUGCGAUACUGGGAAUUGAACUACCCCUAUUCUUGUAAUUUAGCCAACCUAUUUAGUAUGUUUAAUAACAAUUACAACAAUUACAUAGGUACCUAUAUAUUCAACUGUUCUCCACAAAUCUAUACGAAAAUGCUUAGUUAUUAUAUUAAAGACGUUUAAUUUUUGUUACUGCAAGAAAAUCUGCAUUAUUAGUGAAGAAUUAUUUUGUAGUGUUAAGAGAUAAAUAAAAUAAACAUAUUAUUAUCUUUUUAAUUGAAAAAAAAACAUAGAUUAUGGUAAGUUAUACAAUUUUGUGAAGACUUUUGAAUGUAAAGCUUUUAAAACUUAUACGCCCCUAGGAAAGUCGAUGAAAAAAAAUUCAUUAUUAAUUAAGGUUCCCGUAGAUACCACAGGGUUGGUGUAGACAGCGGCGGCGCCCUAGCGGCGACUUGAGGCCCCGCGGCGCCGGGCUGCGCGGCCUCGAGGGCCCCGCGCGUCCCCGCCCCGCCCCCGCGCGCGCGUCCGGGACGCCCGCGCGAGGGGCACCCUCCCCUCCCACCCUCCCUGUCCCCAUCCCCUAGACCCUAACGCCACAAAGGGAGACCCUACUGACACAAGAUGCAGUAGCGCCCCGAAUAUCCGACUGCCCUCGCUAGUAAUGAAACACUAGGCUGCAACGAGGGCGUCUGAUAUUCUAAUUGAGUAUAUUUUUGUUAAUUUUUGCUCAAAUCGUUGUAUACUCAAAUGUAUAUUGAUGUUUUCUAAAGUCAGUUGUGCUCAAAUUUUAACGCGUUGACAGUAACAAUAUAACGUAGAUGUUAGUGUGUGUUUGUCUCUGGUGGUUAUAGCGGGGAAGACGGGCGGUGUCGCUGUAGGGGAUCUAGGUAUGCUAUCCCUUAUCUCUAGUAAACCCUAAAAUCUCUUCAAGCACUAACUCCACAGUUUAAGCAACAUAUUGUAUCUGAAUAAUAUGUUUAUGUAUUUCAAACACUGAGAUUUGAGCUCCGAUCUUGUACAAAACGAACUUGUAAAAUUUUAUUGGGACUACUUGUUAUAAAAACAUAAAAAAUA